GUUGAAAUUUAUUACAACAACAUCUGGGGAACAGUCUGUGAUGAUGACUGGGACUUAAACAAUGCUGAGGUGGUUUGCAGAGAGUUAAAUUGUGGGAUGGCACUAGAGGCUCCUCAGUCAGCUUACUUUGGUGAAGGAACUGGACAGAUUUGGCUCGAUGAAGUGACCUGUUUAGGAAAUGAAAAUUUUCUAACUCAGUGUGAACACAAUGGAUUUGGAGUGCACGACUGUGGACAUGAGGAGGAUGCUGGUGUCAUCUGUUCAGGUCCUCAGAGGAUGAAGUUCUUGGUGAAAGUGAAUCUGGCUGCUGUCGACUCCUCUGUGGACAUGACAGACUCGGCUGUGAUGGAGUCCAUCGUGAAAUCAGUCAAAAAGGAGCUGGGAGGUACAUCUGUGAGCUGGUGGAAACCUCCAGAAAAGAAAGACACACAAAAGCAAGCGACAUGUACUCCAUAGUUCAGCCUAUUUCAGAAUAUGCAGAAAAGAGGCGUGAUGUUACCCGAAGUCUAUAAAAAUGAUGCAUAUGAUUUGUUCUUGUUUGCUUGUUUU